AUCCUCCACCGGAAGUCCUAUCAGCGUCGUCAGCUUGCCGUGGAUGACAUCAUGGAGGUCUGUGUUUCUGCGCCAUGACUCCCUCAGCCAGCUGCUCAGUCUAAACAGGAGGAGGGGAGUCAUGCAGCAGAAGGUGUGUCCCAGAGGUCCAGCUUCCUUCCUCCUGGACAGAAACGGUCGGGCGUGCGGCGCCGUCACAGACUCAGCCACUUCCUGUGAGCUCCCCUUCCGCUGCCCCCGGUGCGGCGAGCAGGAGCGUUUCCGCAGCCUGGCGUCCCUGAGAGCACACCUGGAGUACCGCUACUCCUACCGCUCCCCCGAUGUCAUCUCCGGAGACUUCAGCAUCACUGGGAAACACCCCGACCCGCUGACGGCGGCGAUCCCCUGGCAGGACAUGAGCCUCCCGACCCGCAGGGGGCAGCAGGGCGCCACCAGGCCGCCUCAUUUUCGCUCGCUGAGCGACAGCAGAGACAGCGGCUUCCUGCAGCCUUACGGCUCGGUGAGGAGGCGCACCCAGAGCGUAGGGGUGGGGACGCAGGCGGAGGAAGAGGAGGGAGAGGAAGGAGGGGAGGAUGAAGAUACAGGAGAGGAAGAGGAGGAUGAUGAUGAUGAUGAUAAAGGAGCAGAUGAACCCAGGAUUAAGUCAGAGCUUCCAGUGUCCAAUAAAAAGCCAGAAACUGGCCUCCAGCAUCACCGCUCAUUCCCUCCUGGUUCCAUCGCCCCACCUCUGGACAUGGACCCAGAACCGGACCAGGACCAGGACCAGGACCUGGACCUGGACCUGGACCUGGACCCGACCGCUCAGAGCUCCUUCUCCGGCCUGGAGACGGCGGCCGCCUCAGCGGCGGUACGGCGGCGGCUGGCCGGCAUCCUGCGGGCCGCGGACAGCACCAUGCAGCGCCGGCUGGCCAAGCUGAGCACGGAACUGGCCAGAACCGACACGGAGCUGCUGUGUGAGCGCGCCCACUCCCAGCAUCUGGCCCAGGAGAGGCAGGAGGUGGCAGACAGGCGGCGCUCUCUGAGCCGGCAGGUGGACGUGGCCGUCAUGGUGAUCGCCGCUCUGAGGGAGCAGCUCUACGCCUCAGAGAACGAGCUGGAGCGCAGAGAGAGGGAGGUGAUCACCAUCCAGGGGUUCCUGGAGGCGGCGGCGCGCCAGGAGACCAGCGGGAAGGUCCGGAUCCAGCGGUUCAUCGAGGGCCUGCUGGGCCGCAUCGCCCUGGCUGAGAAACUGGUGGAGUUCUACCAGGUGAACGGCAGCCCGGCCCAGUGUGAGCGCUACCAGCAGCAGCAGCAGGCUGAUCAUUGCCGCCACAGAAUCACUAAAAGCAGGUCCGCAGCAGGUCCGAUCUUCUCCUCUGGUUUCCAUGACAGCAGGACUCAGUCCUCCUCCCAGUUCGGCGCCGCUCCUAACGCUGCCGUGGAGCGCGAGCGGCAGGAGUGCCUGGCCCAGUCCUCCCGGCUGUUCUGUCGACCGGAACACAGAGACGACAUCUGGAACCACCAGCGGCGCCGGUCCACCGGGUACGAGGCCUAGAACCGGAGAGAUGGGGUCUGGUUCUGAGACCCAGUGGGUCCUCAAACCACCAGGCCCACAUGAACAGAACCUCAUCAGAACCAACUUUCUGCCUAGAAUAUUGUAAAUAAAACUUUACGGGUAAAAAAAUUAACUUUUAUCAGAA